CUCAAACUCAAACACUCGUGUUCACAACAACCACAAGACAAUGCUGGCCGUGCAGGCUGGGGCUGGAGGGCGUGCUGGGUGCGCAAAACGGCACGCUCAGCACCACGCUCAGCACCACGCUCAGCAGCACGCUCAGCAGCACGCUCAGCAGCACGCUCAACACAGCGAUGCCACAUGUACCCAUUUCAAAGCAGUGGAUGGCACUCGGCCCCAAGGUUCUCUGCGUGCUCGUCCUAGUUGCGGCCCAAGGACACGCCUCAUUGUUGCCUGUGUCACGGCGAUCGCUAUCCUCCUCCUUGUGCCCGCCCAAAGUUCCGCCUCUGCGCUGACACAUGAAGAGCACAACACCAAGAACAAGAACACUGUCACUCAUGACCAGAGCAGCGUGUGCAGCAGUCCAACCCCAAACAAGAAGAGCACUUCAGGUGCAACUGGAGCAAGUCGCUUCGACAACAUCGUGCAGCAGAAGGAAGAGCAUGACCCGGCCACGUUUUGGCUCGGUGCAGGCUGCACAGCCCACGCACGGGCCUGUGAACAAGCUCGCGCAUCCUUGCUCGCCAUGACCACCAUUGGCGAAGAAUGGUACCGCAACAGCGCUACAACAAACACUGAUCCUGAACAGAGACCAGAGCGCCGCCCAGGCCCAGUGCCCUCCAACAGCAAGAACAGCACGCUGCCACCAUCACCGGCCUCCCUCAGGCAACAACACAGCGACCACGCACGCACACUCGAGUCUUUCAUUGAGCUGUUUUGCACCUGGCACAGGAUACACACCGCCGGCCCCAACCCGGCAACACAGCCUCGCACAGGGCCUGCGCGACCACACACGGCGCCCGCUGCACACAGCCACACAGAGCACGCACGCAUUACACCUGAGCACUUACGCGAGGACAACAAACGGGACCCUGAAGCACCUUCAACCCCGGCACCGACGAUGAUGACACGGCAGCCACGUCGAGCAAGCCACAUCCCGCGUUCUCCACCGGAUGAGCAUCCGCCUCAACACCGCCCACCACAGCAACCACCGCAUCCACACAUAUACGCGGCGCAGCCGGCAACACUGGCACAAGACCACUUCGCACAGCAACAACUACAACACCAGCUCCACCGACAGCCACAACAGCCGCCACAACUGAGCAGAGUCCGACGUGAGGCAACACCACCUACCACGGCGACACAGCCCACCACCGCACCAACCAUUUCAACAACAUCCACCGUCCCCGGCUCGGAUGUCCUGCAGCGGCCUGUCAUCUGCCAGAUCUCCCCCGCCUUUCGCAUCGACUGCACCUUCGCGCGCGAAAACCCAGAGCUGGUCCUGAACAUUGAGGCCGGGAAGCGGCCCCUGCCACCGCCCAGCGAAAACCGAAGAGAGUUCUUGCAAUCGCUGUUUGACCUGGUUCAGCCAAAGAACCUCACCAUCACCGGCAGCAUGCUCUCCGAGGACAUUGAGCUCGUGCUCACCUUCAAGUUUCCCUUCGUGGACACCAUUGGCAUCCAUGGCUUGGAAAGCCGCAUGUUCGUGCUUUCCACCCUCAACCCGCUGUCCGCCAUCACCACCGUCGACCUCAGCGGAAGCGACCUGCCGGAGCUCCGCGCCACCAAAGCAGACAACGACACCAACGUGUUCAUCCGCGGGCCCUCAAUCAAAACCUUCGACGUGAGCGGCAACGGCCUCUCCAUCCUCACCAACCGCACAAUCUCCAGCCUGCCCAACCUGGAGACGCUGUACUGGAACCGCAACCAGGUCCGCCGCAUCGACACCGACGCCUUCCAAGGAAACCCCAAACUGAAGCGCCUCAACCUCCAGGACAAUCGCCUCACCACCCUCACCUCCCACAGCUUUGCUGGCCUGGACAACAUCACCUCCAUCAACCUCAAACACAACGGCAUCAUCACCCUCGAUCCAGACGCCUUCAGCACCGUCACCUCCGUCACCCACCUGUUCCUCGACAACAACCCAAUCGAGGCCCUGCCUGCCGGCGUCUUCAAGCACCAGACCCGCCUCGAGGUCUUGCACAUCACCAACACGCAACUGGAAGCCCUGCCGCCGGGGCUCUUCACCGCGACCACCAUGCUGAAGGAGCUAUUUCUGUUUCAAGGCCGCAUCACCGCCAUUGACGGCUCCUUGCUGGCGCCCCUCACCCGCCUGGCCAGCCUCAGCUUCACCAACAACAGGCUUGUCACAAUACAGCGCGGCGUCUUUAAUCGCCUCGUGAGCCUGUCCGAGCUCUACCUCACCAGCAACGACAUCGCGUCCGUGCACGAGCUUGCCUUCACUGGUAUGCGAAACCUCACCACCCUCUCGCUUCAUGACAACAACCUCAACGACCUCCAUCCCCGCAUCUUUGCCUCGUUGUCCCAGCUGCAGUACCUCGAUCUCGGCCGCAACUUCCUUGACCGGAUCCACGACCGCCUCCUGGCCGCGUGCCAGAACCUCCACACGCUCAUUCUCACCUUCAACUCGCUCACCGCCUUCAGCCACGUGCCGCUUCCCUCCCUUGAGGAGCUGCGCCUGCACAACAACCCCUUGAUGGAGCUCCCAGAUUUCUCGCCCUUGAAGAACCUGCGCAUCCUGCUCUCAAACGGGCACCGAAUCCGAGACGUCGACCUUGUGCCUCUGCUCCACCUUCCCAAGCUGAGCACGCUCGAGUUUGCCGCGGACCCUUCCUUCGAACACUCAAAGGCUCGACCCCUGGACCCGCUGGAUGACAGGCACCACACCGAGGACGACAUCGCCAAGAACCUGCGCGCCCUCGACAUCACCGGGGUGGAGCUGCCCGCCACCAUUCCGCAGCGGCUCACGCGGCUGAACCUCAACCUGGUGCGGUUUGCGGCGGGCUGGCCAGGCAUGACCGACAACAUCAUCAGCACCCAAUCCCUGUGCAAAAUCCUGAACGACGAUGUGGAGGAGUUUGCCCUCACCAACACAGGCUACGUCCACAUUGACUUGUGCCCGCAGAAGACGUUCCGGUCCGUGUUCAUGCCAAAAAAUGCGCACUUGAAGACCCUUCGUAUCCGAAACGCGCUGGAACAGCUGGUGCUCAUGCGGUGCACGUCCCUGACGCAGCUGCUCUUGCCCCGCGCCGAAGCCAUUGACCUCUCCUUCACGCGCGUGGAGUCCAUCGCCCCUCUUUGCAAUGGGUGGGGAUCACGCAUCCUCUUCUACCGCAGCGUGGACAACCCGCUCCUCAAGGCGCAGGGGCCCGAGCUCUUCCAGCGGUGCGUCCUCAACGGCGAAGUGGUCGACUUCAGCGACAACCCUUGGAUGGACCGCCUGCUGCAGAUGCAGGCCGUGACCAACCGGCCCAUCGUCUUGUCUUCACAGCAGUUCCUUGGCCAGGACCGCUUUGACACGCCAAACCGGCCCGACGCGCCCGUGGUCACCAUGCAGAACACACCGGUUGUGUGCCGGCCCUCCUUUGACCACGUGCACGUGCGCCCGCGCGACGACCCAGAGCAGCUGCAGACGCAGCUUUCCUUCAACUUCCGCUGCACUUGCGCCAACGAAUUCGUCAGCAAAGGUGGGCGCUGUGUGAGUGACAGGAGCAAAAUCAUCCUCAUCACGUCGCUCAGUGUGUCCAUCGGGCUGGUGUUGGCAAUUGGGUCUGCCGUGUUCGUUUGGCAGUACCGCGCCCGCGCCAAGGACAAGCGCAUCAUCCGCGCCAACGAAGAGAAGCUGGCAAAGCUCAAGGCCAGCUGGCACAUCCCCUACAACCACCUGUACUUUGAGGGUGUCGUCGAGAAGGGCACGUACGGCAUGGUCAAGCGCGCCAAGUACGGCGAGCAGACGGUGGCUGUCAAGAUCCUGCACCAGGCCCUCAAGGAGCUCAACGAGGACACCAUCGAGGAGUUUGAGAAGGAGGCGGAGUUUCUGCGCGAGGUCGGCAAGCAGUGCGAAAACAUUGUUCUCUUCUUUGGCGCCGGCACGACCCCCGACGGGUGCCCGUUCCUCGUGCUUGAGUUUGUCGCGCACGGCUCCCUGGACCACCUGCUUGGCACGGUGGAUGAGCGGGUUGCACGCGGCCCAAACCGCACAAAGACGCUUGCAGCGCUGCUCACAAAUCUCAGGCGCGAGCUUGCCUUUGAUGACGUUGCCAUUGGCAUGGACAAUCUGGGCCAGGAAGGCAUGGAGAUGUCCCUCAGCAGGACAGCAAAUGACGAUGAUGGUGGUGCUGGUAGUGGUGGUGGUGGUGGCGAUGGCGGCGACCUCAUGUCCACAACAACGAGCCUUCGUGUCCCCCUGCUUGCCCCAGAGCCUGAGCGGCGAGGCACUUGGCGCCGACGUCGCAGUGCAGUGCCAAAGCUGAACACUGAGCAGGCGCACACAGUCACGUUAACGGCACAUGUUGAUGAGCAUGUCGCCGUGCCCGCCACUGUUUGGGCUCUGAAGAAGCGUAUUGCCCUGGACAUCAGCCGCGGUAUGCAGUACAUCCACGAGAACGACCACUUUCACAGGGAUCUGAAGAGUGGCAAUGUGCUGGUGUCGUCGUAUUUGCGGGCGAAGAUCACCGACUUUGGCACAAUCCACCACCUGACGACACAGGAGGAAGAGAACAAGCUCGGGGCCGCAGGAACGCCCGCGUACAUGGCGCCCGAGGUGGCACUUGGCGAGGGCUACUCGAACAAGGCAGACGUGUUCAGCUUUGGCGUGCUCAUGUGGGAGCUUGCGGCCGAGCAGCAGCCAGAUUUGGUGGCCCAGGAGAAGAGGAGAACUGGGCAUUCUCUGCCGGGGAGGUACCGUGAUGUCUUGUGUCAACUUCUUGCGGCAGGAAAGACCCUCAGCUUCAACGACAGCCCAGCGUGUUCUGUUGUUGACGGUUGGUAUCGGGCGCUAGCGGAGCGCUGCAUGGCAACACAUCCGCAGGAUCGCCCAUCGUUUGCAGAAGCUAGGGAAAUACUCCUAGAACAUGGAGCAGAGCCUGGGGAGGGCGUGUCCUCCCUUUAGUUGCGAAGUUUUUCAUUCGAGGUUGUUGAACCAAUGCCCAUGUGCUCCUGGUGUUUCCCGAUUGCAGGUUUUAGGUGCUGCAAGUGUACGUUUGCAGCGCCAUUUCAAUGUUGUGCUGGUGUUUGCACCGGGCGUUCUGUUAAGGAGUAG